AUGCAAAACCAGAUAGACGCUUCUCGGCCACGAUGCACGACUCUGCCCUCCGCUCCACGCAAGAGGGGACCACCCGCAGCCCUGCGCAUUGACACCCCCGCCUAUAACAACCAGAUUGCUCUCUUAAAUGGCGACACUCCAUCCGCUGCUUCUGCUCUGUCCUCAGCCACCUCCGACUCGUCCGAAUCCUUCCCCUUCCCCCAGCCUAACAAGCCGCGAUCUCUCAGGAAUAUGAAGCGGCUAUCCUUGACCAUCCCGUCUGCCGAGUCCUCCACGGCCUCCCUCGCCUUAUCCCCGAAUGAGUCAAAAGGUGGUCCUAUGUCCGCUCAUCCUGAUGCCACAGUUGCCGCUCGCAGGAGACGUCCUAGUGUCGUUUCCAUGCCUGCGAGUACCACGGCGGCUAUCUACCGCAAAGAAGAGGACGGCGAAGGUUCGCCUUCUGUUCCGUACUCUGACGGACCGAUAGAGAUUCUCCCUCGGAUAUGGUUGGGUUCUGAGGACAACGCGCGGGACUGGAAGUGUCUCAUAGAACGAGGUAUCCGAUCGAUCUUGAAUGUCGCAAAGGAGGUAUCCUCUCCCUUCGAUACCGCUGUCGCCCAGCCCCGACGUCCAUUCUCAUCCACUCCCAACAUCACCCGUACAACAAAAAGCUCCAAUUCAACGUACUAUCCUCCUCAUAUCCCCAGUGGACGACCCGGCAUGCAUUACCUGCGACUUGCAUGGUCUCAUGGCCAAUCGGAUCUGGUGCACUCUGGUUUUCCAGAAGCCAUGAGUUUCGUCGAUCAGGCGCUAGAGCGUGGUGAUGGCGUAUUGAUCCACUGUCAAUGUGGUGUCUCACGAUCUGCCACGCUGGUGAUUGCUCUCGUCAUGCGAGCUGCUGCCCUUGCGUCCCCUUCAGUUCCGGCAGAAGUCCGGGACUUGAAAGGCAUGCAGGCUGCCUAUUCAUACGUAAAAACAAAAAGCAGAUGGGUUGGACCUAAUAUGUCCCUCAUCUAUCAACUGCUAGAUUACGAACGAGAACUAAAGGGAGGUUCAAGCUCUCCUGCGUCCUCGGACAUUUCUUCCUCCUCUGCGGCAGAAGAGGAAUGGGGACGCCGUCGGCAAAUGUUAGAGGACACACCCUCUGACUCUGAGGAAGGCCGGGAAAGCGCGGAAGUUCUGCGUGAGGCUCAAGCCUUAGAUAAGGCAAUGGAGGACCGAAUGGUCGCGCGGAAAGCUUCAGCUUCUUCUAUGAGCUCCAUCGGUUCUCAUGGAAUGGGUGCAGCGUGGAGGAGCAAAUUUGGCUCCCGGAAACGCACAGGAUCCGUUGCCAGCAAUCUAACAGGAGGUAGUAUACUCAGCGAAGACCUCGUCGAGGAAGAUGAGGAGGAAGAACUGUUGGGCGUUGGCGGUGGGUUUGAUACUCGAAGCCAAGGAACCAGGAGUUCAUGGUCUUCAGAACCUUCCGAGGAAUACAAGUUGGGCGAUCGUCAGGAAAGCCCCGAACCCAUCGCCUUUAAUGAUCCCUUCACACCUCGUGCGGCUCGGACGCCUUCAACCGCGCGUCCGUUGCCGCCGCCUUCUGCCCCGGCUACCAAGUCAAGCUUCUCUCUUCCACCUGUUCCAGCGACGGCCUGUAAAUCGACGUUUGAUCUGCCUCCGUCGUCUUCCUUGAAAGCUAAGUUCAAGGCGAAAAGGCGGCCGCCGCCGCUUGGUAUCCUGCCCCCGGUGCCCCCUUCACCAGAAGCUGUGUCGCAAGCUUCCUCUUCGGUACCAGCACGAGCACGGAAGGAUCGCCACCGGCCUACCCCUCCUCCUCUUCAUCUGCGGAGUUCGCAAACUCAACUCGCAGUUGAUGCCGCCCAUCCUCCUUUCACGACCCCGUCCCAGACCCUCUUCGUCUUCCCGCCUUCGCCGACACUGACGACGCGUACGCCUUCUACCAUGACCCUGACAUCCAGUGCAAGUAACGCUUUCCCAUUUCCCUCUGUAUCAACACCGCGGGUCUCCACCAUACGGAGAAAUGGCAAGACGAAGUCGUUCAUCGGUCUCGCAAUCCCCCCAACGCCUACCACGGCGUCCUCGCGCGUAGACGCGCGGGGUUGGGUGGGACUGUCGAAGAACUGA